UCCUAGAUAACCUCUUCGAGAGAUAUUUUCCAGUUUGGCUGUGAGGGAGAGCAAAUGAAAAUGGCGUUAGCUUCAUCGUCUGUGAAGAUUUUCACUGCCCCGAAGAGUCGGCCGUUUCCAAACAUUGAGCGGCUCUUUUCGGGACCUCCCAGGCCAUCCAGUCUCGUUAUGCCACGCCACCCUUCUGCUGCCUCUAUCGUCGCUUUCUCCCGCCGUCGACACCAGAACUCUGCUAUCUCUUCUUCUUCGUCAAAGAAAAAGAAGAAAAAAUCGUCUCUGGAGGAUGUAAAGCAGGAGGAAGAUGAUAUAGAUGAAGAUGCCUUUGAGGCACUCUUCAGCAUGCUGGAAGAAGACCUUAAAAAUGAUGGAUCAUCCAUUGAUGAUGAUGAUGAUGAGAUAAGUGAAGCAGAUUUUGAUAAACUUCAACGUGCAUUGGAGGAGGCAUUAGGAGUUGGUGACGAUGAUGAUGACGAUGUUGAAAUACUUGGCUCAGCUGGAGAUGAUGUUGAAGAUGGCAAUCCUAUAGAAGAAGAAGAAGAAGAAGAAGAAGAAGAAGAUAACGAUGAUGAACAGGAGGAAGGUCCACUAAAGCUUAAGAAUUGGCAACUUCGAAGGUUGGCUCGUGCUUUAAAAAAUGGACGCCGUAAAACUAGUAUCAAAAGCCUUGCUGCUGAACUUUGUCUUGAUAGGGCCAUUGUUCUUGAGUUGCUCCGUGAUCCCCCUCCAAAUCUUGUUAUGAUGAGUGCUGCUUUACCUGAUGAACCGGCACCAACAUCUUCAUUACCAGAAAGUAAACCAAUUGAGAUCAUUGCUGCAGAAUCAGUGACUGUGGAUGAGGUGAAAUCUAAGAGUGAGAAAGGAGUACCCGUUCAUGUUUUGAGGCACAGAUGGUCUGCUCAGAAGAGACUUAAGAAAGUCCAUGUUGCAACCCUUGAAAGAGUAUACAGAAGAACUAAAAGACCUACUAACGCAAUGAUUAGCAGCAUUGUGCAAGUGACAAAUCUGCCUCGCAAAAGAGUGGUGAAAUGGUUUGAAGAUAAACGCAAUGAAGAUGGGAUUCCAGACCACCGCGUCCCAUAUCAAAGGUCUGUUCUUGAAGUUGCCUCUUCCAGUUGAAAUGAUCUGUAUAUGUGUACUGUAGCUGAUGAUGGCACCUGAGGGAAUUUUAACACAUCAGAAAAUAAGUUAUGAAAGGCCAUAAGAUUUUUAAAGCAGUCUCAUUUCUCACCAUUGAAUUUUGCUACAACCUUGGAUUGGCCCCGACAACCCGACUCUCUUCUUACCUUUGAAAUUUUUAUUGAGUAUAAUAUAGCAACUAGGGGCAGUAUGUUAUUUACAUAACCAUGAUGAGUAGAACUCUAUGAACUGUUUCUUUUUGGUUUUUGAUUUUGUACUUUAGCUUCAGCAAUGCAUUAAAAGAUUAAGGUGAGUCUGAA